AUGUCAUCUCAAGUUGAAAAUCAACGAUCAAUAUCACGUACAGAUUUAAUUAGUAUAGAUCGACCUGAUACAUCACAGUUAGUUGAUCUUCAUAUUUAUAUAAUACCAAAAAAUGUUUGGAAAAAUCGUCAAAAUUUAGCCGAAAAUGAAGUAAUAAAACAAGCUGUAUCAGCAGGUUUUGUUCAUGUUCCCGAAAGCUUAACUAUUAAUGUACUUCGUCAAUAUAUUAUUGAUAUUUGUGGUGAAGAAAAGAAUUUUCCAAAAGAAUUUAGUUAUCUUCGAAGUGUUGGUCGAUGUUUAACUAAAGUUAAACCUCAUCAAGAAGAAGAAUUAAAAGUGAAAAAUUAUCGACCACCAAUGGUUUGUAGAUUAUUAAAUAUUUUAAUUAAUCCCAUUUUAUGUGAUUUAUGCCCAAUUGGUAGCUAUUGUGAUAAAGCAGAUGAACCACCAAAACCGUGUCCAGCAGGAUUUUUUUGUUUGGAAGGACAAACAACGGGUACACCAUGUCCAACUGGCUAUCAAAUAACAUUAACAGGAAAAAGUUAUUGUAGAAUUUGUGCACCUGGUCAUUAUUGUCCAAACCCUGAUGGUAAUCCAAUUCUAUGUCAGCCAGGUUAUGCAAAUGAUAAGCAUGGCCGUGUUGAAUGUGAUCUUUGCCCGAGUGGGACCUUCGCAGAUGUUGCUGGUUUAGCUUAUUGUAUCACUUGUCCACCAGGUUAUAUUUGCACGAAUUCUAGAACGGCACCACUUCCUUGCCCGUCGAAUAAAGCAAGAGGGCAAACAGUCUGUCCUACAGAAUAA